AUGAAUAUUUAUAACGAAGAUGGAGAUAAGUUCGAGACAAAGGUGGUAUGCAAGGAUCCACGAGAUUUUUUGCUUUUGGAAUCGGAUGAGAAGCUUGCCGAGGAUGUUCCAUAUAUUUCUUCAGGUGUCAUCGCUGGUACUGACUAUUUGAUCAUGGGCUAUCGAGAUGGGAUCGAAAAGGCUUUGCCAGCGGAUCCUAUUCUGGAACCAUCGUUUCUUCCGGGCACUGUCACCUCCCAGAAGUUUGACAAAUACGGUCACUUUGGCGGUACUUCUGCGGAAAUGCCCGGUUUUUCUGGGGGUCCUGCCUACCAGAAAUUAUAUCGCAAUGAGUUUCUCGGAUUGUGUCUUAAAGGGGCACAUUCGCUUACAGGGACUCAAUGUUAUCACAUUGUCGCUGGACGAUCGAUGAAAGGCGCGUUAUUCUAUUUAGAAGAUAUGGAAUACGAAAAGAAGGCACUUAAGGAGACGAGGGAAACCAAGGAGACCGAGGAGACCAAGGAGACCAAGGAGACCGAGAAGACCGAGAAGACCAAGAAGGUCAAAUGUUCUAUUAUC